CCUUCCUCUCUUCGUCCCUUCGGCUCCUCGGCUCCUCGGCAUUUUCCGUGGCUCAUCCUGCUUUCCUCACACCCGGUAUUUCUGCCGGGUGUAAUUUCCCAGGUUUCUCUUCAGCCACUUCCGGGUCUCCGGUCUUUCCGGAAGCCCGCGAUUCCGGAAGCGAGGGCGACCCAGAUUCGGCUAGGAAAAGCCCAGCUUGGCAGAGAAUGUUUGAGAAAAGGUUGCGCGGCGCCCCGGCGUUCCGCAGACCCCGCAGCUCUUGUCAAGUGUGAGGCAAAGGCCUCCAGAAGCAGAUGUGCAGCAGGACUCUCUGCCACCGUUUGGUAGGCCGCUGAGUGCUGACGGGGCCACAGCCACGGAGGAAAGACAACAUUGGAGAAGAUAUGGCUGGCAGAGAAGAGAAGAUGCAGAAUGCAACCAGAGUGCUGAGGAUAAGUCAGCUGGAUGCACUUGAACUCAACAAGGCCCUGGAGCAGCUCGUGUGGUCCCAGUUUACUCAAUGCUUUCAUGGAUUUAAGCCAGGACUGCUAGCGCGCUUUGAGCCAGAAGUGAAAGCAUUUCUGUGGCUUUUCCUAUGGAGGUUCACCGUCUACUCCAAAAAUGCCACUGUGGGGCAGUCAGUUUUAAAUAUUCAGUACAAAAAUGAUUCUUCUCCCAACCCAAUAUACCAACCACCAAGUAAAAAUCAGAAACUGUGGUAUGCUGUGUGCACCAUUGGGGGGAGGUGGUUAGAAGAACGAUGCUACGAUUUGUUUCGAAACCGCCAUUUGGCGUCUUUCGGGAAAGCCAAACAGUGUGUGAAUUUUGUGGUUGGACUUUUCAAAUUAGGUGAGUUGAUGAACUUCUUGAUUUUCCUACAAAAAGGAAAGUUUGCAACUUUGACAGAACGCCUCCUUGGCAUUCAUUCCGUAUUUUGCAAGCCCCAGAAUAUGCGCGAAGUUGGCUUUGAGUACAUGAAUAGGGAACUUCUCUGGCAUGGCUUUGCUGAGUUUCUGAUUUUUCUCUUACCACUCAUCAAUAUCCAGAAGUUGAAAGCCAAAUUGUCUUCCUGGUGCAUCCCCCUUACGGGCACUGCUGGUAGUGACAGUACAGGAGGCAGCAGUGGAAGAGAGUGUGCUCUGUGUGCAGAGUGGCCCACCAUGCCCCACACUAUUGGAUGCGAGCAUGUAUUUUGUUACUACUGUGUUAAGAGUAGCUUCCUAUUUGACAUAUACUUUACAUGCCCUAAGUGUGGCACGGAAGUACACAGUGUGCAGCCAUUGAAAUCAGGAAUUGAAAUGUCAGAAGUGAAUGCUCUUUAGAACCCAAGUUGUUUGCUCUGAGGAAAGUGUAUUGCAUCCCGUUCCUUGGGAUUGGUCAUCCUUGGUGUUAUCUGUAGGUGGCUUUUAACAGGAGUGUGCUGUGCAGCCACGCUCGGUCUUUCCAAGCACAACUCAGUUCUAAUCACUGGAAACCAAAUGAUACUAGAGAAUCUUAGAAAUGAUCAUGUUAUUUUUUUAGAUCACCUAAUACAACUUUUAAUGUCAAGAAUACUGGAAUUUUUUUGUCAGAUGAAUAGCAGGAAUGACUAAGAAUGCGCCUUCAUAGAAAAAGGUCAGACUCUAAAAAUAAAAGAUAUUUGAGACUCUGGGAUGACUGUGCAUUUAUUUUCGGAGAAAACGGAACAUUAUAAGCUGACAUCGUAAGACUCUUUUAUGUUGACUCUCAAGUUCUAAUGUCUCUCUGGUAACUCAGCUUUUCCCUGAAGCCUGUUUUCAAGAGGUUCAGUCCAUAGCUGUCAGACCCCGUCAGAGUUGAAUUCUUACACUCAAAAUGUAGAAAAUUCUUAAGGCAGCCUAGAAGUGAGUUCUGGGGACUGUGGGACAGCUAGGAUGAAGAACUCUAUUUUCUAAGUCUCUAGGAUCAACACUCAGGUUCACACUAAGCAUAUUGGUAAUCUUAGGAAGUAAGUCUAGAGGUCUUCUGUACUAAUGAUAUAGGAAUUCAUAUCACAUGGAAAUGCAAAUGUAAAAAAAAUAAAAUAAAAGUUUAUAACAGGCUUA